ACGCACUUCGUUCGGAACCAUCACCCGGCUUCUGCCCGGAAUCACAUUAGGACCAUGUCCUUCCUCGUGGGCUCGCUCUCUGGUGCUGUGGUCGCUGGAGGCUUCUACUAUGGCUUCUCGAAUCUAAUCAACUCGCGAACGAGCGAACACAGGCGCGACCUUCACUCCCUCAGCGUCCGCCUCGUCGAUCACCCGACGCUCGUUCCCGCGCCGCCCUCCGCCGCCUCGCGCGUCAGCGACAGCGACUUUGGCGACCUCGUGCGCACGCGGUGGAACCAGCAGCUGUCCAAGCUGUUCCUCGGUGCGCGGGAUCUGGACCAGAGAGCGGUCGCGUGGGGGAAGAGCUUGCUGUAUGGGCAGGAGGGGAAGUAAUAGACCCAGAUGCGUGGCUUGAAUAUAUCCGUCCUGGACCCUUGUCUAUCUACUGUCUGCGGAACGCGUUGAAUGCACUUAGAGCACUCGGGUACCAGUGAAGGGUGUGAUUUCUGCACGCG